CAUGGUGUUAAUUAAAAAUUCGGAUCAACAUGUCAACGUGUACGAAGGAAGAAACACUAGAUCGUUGUUAUUGCAGGGUCCAAAAUAAGGAAAUAAAUUUGAAUGACAUUGUGGAAAUCAUAAUCGCUUUAAACACAAAAAUCGUACGAUUACGAAACGAAGUUAGUACCCUUAAAUAUAUCAACGUUAAUCAAAAGAAAAAAUUAAUUAAAAAGCCUGAGGUUGCUGCUGGACGACUGUCUUCACGUGGCUUCGAAAAGAAACUUGACACAAUCAAUCAUGGGAAAAUUUAUAAUAAAAUAAUAAAAAAUGAGAAGAAUGAAACCGAUUUCUCACAUAAUAAGAAAUUACAUGAUGGCAGCGACAGUCCACCAAAAAUAAGGAAAAAGAAAAUUUCUAAGGGAAUUCAAUGUGGUUCAACCAUGGAACAUAAAAGAAAGCGAAUUUCCUUGAAUUGCUUUAAAAUAGAAAGAAAUAUCAAGGAGCAUGAUUCACUGAAGCAACAUAAAAGAAGGAAAACUUCAAAAAACAAUUUUCAUGUGACCUUUGAUACACCUAUGGAAAAUAAUUCUGAGGAAAAAGAAAUAUUAAGCCCGUUUCAAAAGAUUACUGAAAAUCAAAUAGGUGGUAAUUUAAAAAAAUUUAGAGGGUGUAGGAUGGGUGGCGGCGCAGAGUUCUGUAAGAAUCAUUUAAUUCCCAAUUUUAAUAACAAAGUGCCCAGAAUGAACUUAUACAAAAAUGCCAAAUUCGAUGCAAAAAAUGUGAAAAGAAGAUUAGAUGCAUGUAUCGUUGAAUUGAAUGGAAUAAUUGAGGAUAUUUCUUUGAUCUUCCCCGAAACAGAUAUUGCAGAAGAUUUAAAAAAAUAAAACACUUAAAAGAAGAAAAAAAGAAAUAAAUUUUGGAU